AUGUUAGAAAUAUAUGAGAACUGCUAUAAACAAGUCGCAAGGCCAUGGCCACGAUCGUCAAUUCAUAUCUGGAUCCUGAUAUAUCUCCGCUCAGUAGUUUUAAUAGAGGGAUCAGCGAUUGCACCAGCAAUAUACGUCUUUGGGGAUUCUUUAUUUGAUAGUGGUAAUAAUAAUUUCUUGCUAACUUUAGCAAAGGCAAAUUUCCUGCCCUACGGUGUCAAUUUCGUUAAGGGUGCCACCGGAAGAUUCACUAAUGGUAAAACAUUGGUUGAUUUUAUAGCUGAGUUUCUUGGGCUACCAUUUGCUCCUCCAUACUUGAGCAUACGCAACUCGACAAUACUUACGGGCAUGAAUUAUGCAUCGGGGUCCUGUGGCAUUCUCCCAGAAUCUGGAAGUCGAUUGGGAAAGUGCUUGAACCUGAAAGAGCAGAUGGAUUUGUUUGAAAAGACGGUGAAGUUAGACUUGCCAGGACUUAUAAACAAACCAGAUGAUAUUGCAGAGUACUUGUCCAAGUCCAUAAUUCUCGUUUCUGUAGGCAACAAUGAUUUUCUGAAUAAUUACCUUCAACCUAAACUUUAUGACUCGAGCAAAAAAUACUCUCCUCCACAGUUUGUACAACUCCUGAUGGAUAAUCUUUCUCACCAUUUGGAGAGAUUAUAUAACUUAGGAGCCAGGAAGAUAGUUAUGUUUGAAAUUGGUCCUCUUGGUUGCAUCCCAUCAAUUGCAAAGACACAAAAUCACACUGGAGACUGUGUGGAAGAAACUAACCAGCUAGCUUCGAUCUUCAACGACAGACUUCGUGAAACCCUGGAAAAUUUAACGUUUACUUUACAAGGAUCUUUAUUUGUUCUUGGUCGAGCUAACGAGAUCGGCUAUGAUGCAAUUACAAGUCCCCUUAAAUAUGGCCUCGAGGACGGAAGCAAUCCAUGCUGCAUUUGUUUGAACAAUGCAUCGUCAUGUAUUCCAUUAGCUAAACCAUGCUUGCAGUCAAAUACUCACUUCUUCUGGGACGCUUUUCAUCUGACUGAAUCUGCUAAUUCAGUCAUAGCAACUGGCUGUUUCAAUGGCUCUACUCUUUGCACUCCUCUGAACAUCAUGAAACUUGUACAAAUGUAA